AUGAACGCCGCGCUGCUCCAGCAAAUCCAACAGGGCAAGGGCCUCAAGAAGUCCCAGACCAACGACCGCUCAGGCGUGCAGAGCGCAGGCGGCGUCGUCGGUGAGGGCGGUGCAGCCGCAGCUCCCAAAGCUGCCCCGCCUCGUCCGCCACCCCCUGCUUCCAACGAUGUCGCACCCGACAACCCGGCUGCUCAGCUGGCCGGCCUCUUCGCAGGCGGUAUGCCUAAGCUUAAGAAGACCGGUGGACCAGCUGCAUCACACGCCGGCGGCUUUGGCAAGCCUCCUCUCAUCCCCAGCGCAGGUCAUGGGCCUCCCAAGCCAAGCGGCGCAACUCCGCCGCCGCCAGUCCCCUCGUCAGCGCCGCCGCGAGCCCCACCCGCUCGGCCAACCCCACCUUCGGCGCCCGGUCGCGCUCCUCCUGCACCGCCUCGUCCUCCGCCCAGCGUGCCGGGUCGUGUCCCUCCCCCUCCUCCUGCCCCGCCCGCCCCACCAGCACCUAGCCGACAUGUGCCCGCAGCCCCAGGCCGAGUUCCUCCGGCUCCACCUGCACCACCUGCGUUCUCGGCACCGUCGCGUGGCCCUCCUGCGCCUCCUGCGCCUCCUCGCCCUCCCCCUGGCCCCCCAGCGCCGCCGCGCACCCCACAUGCACCCCCUCGUGCGCCCCCUCCUCCCCCUUCGCCGCCCCGUGAGAUGUCUCCUCCGCCGGCCCCUCCCCGCCCUCCGCUUGCGCCGCCCCGCCCUUCGCCGGCGAUCUCCAGCCGCAGCCCGGCUCCACCCCCCCCUCCCCGUCCCGCGAACGCUGGCCGCCCUGUUCCGCCUCCCCCUCCGCCUCCCCCUCCCCGCCCUGGGACGUCGUCGCCGGCUCGCGCAAGCCCUACUCCUCCUGCUCUCCCGAGCCGCAUGCCGCCUGCUCUUCCCCAGCGGGUUCCUAGCAGUCGGUCCGUGCCUCCCGCGCCCCCUCGCCCAGGCGGCAAUGCCACGCCGCCCCGGGCUCCCCCUCCCCCACCGCGUCCAACGGGGGCACCGAUGCUCCCUCCUCGUGCGCCGAUGCUUCCUUCUCGCACGUCCACGCAUCCACCGCGUUCUCCGUCGCCCGAGCCACCCGCGCCUCCCCUGCCACGGAGACCCACUUCGACGUCCGUGCCCUCUGGUUCCGUUACACCCCCUGUGGGAUCGCUAGCUCACGGCCCGCCGCCAGCCCGCCACAACCUUCCCCCGCCGAUGCGCAUGGCGCCUCCACCCGCACGCUCGCCUCCUCCUCCCCAGCGUUCCCCCGUCCCGCGCCAGGAGGACAAUUCGCCGCCCCCUCCUCCCGUGGGCCGCAGUCCAGCCGCCGCAGCCCUGGCUGCAGCCGGUAGACUGCGCUCCUCGAGCAAUGUGUCCCACAAUGAUGACGCGCCUCCUCCGCCCAUGGGCCGUAGCCCGGCUGCAGCUGCCCUAGCCGCGGCAGGCAGACUUCGCUCUUCAAGCAACGCGUCCAACAACGACGAUGCGCCACCUCCUCCCACGGGUCGCAGCCCCGCAGCUGCAGCCAUGGCUGCAGCCGGCCGUCUGCGCGCGCCGAGCAACCCACCUCCGCUGGCUCCGGCGCGCUCCACGCCACCAACCCCUGCUGCUUCUCCACCUCCCCCACCUCCCGGACCGAGCCCGGCCUUGCGUCCGGCCUUGCGCCGUCCGCAGAGCACGUUUGCGCCGCCUCCUCCGAGCCCGGCCUUGCGCCCGGACUUGCGCCGUCCGCAGAGCACGUUUGCGCCGCCUCCUCCGAGCCCGGGCCUUUCUCCCGUCGCCAAGCGCCCGGCCUCUGUCGCCGUAUCGCACGACAUGAGCAGCAACGGCGCGGACGACGGUGUGCCCGAGCCGCCCGCUGUCGUUGGAUCAUGGACGUUCGCGAUGAAGGGCAUGUUCCCGCCGCCGCGUCCGUGGCACGGCGGACAGAAGACGUACGGCAGCGGUAACACGAGCGGAGCGGGGAUUGGCUACAAGGUUUAG